AACCAAUAGCAGCAUAGGCCCGGGUUGAUGGCAAUGAUUCGUGGAAUCGCUGUGAGUUUGGCAGCUGGUUGUGCGAUAUAUUUUAUUGUCCUGUUGCACUUUCCACUUUCGCAAUGCAGAUUUCCAAGCUGUUUGCACCAAGAACGUUCAAACCUCAAGCGGGCAGUGACGGAAUCAGAUGAAGUCUCAAUCCCUGCAUGGCGUCUCCCGAAACCACCCCGUUUCGAUCGCGGAAUCUACCAGCUAGGCGCCGGAGAGUACAUGAAUGUGUCCAAAUUCCAUGGUUUGAUGCCCGCUGGAAUUUGGAAACGGUUGGUGCCUUUGUUGCACAAACUUGCAAAAGGAAAUGCAAUCAACAUUGUGGUUUUCGGAGGUUCAUUCACUGCAGGCGCGGGUUGCCACCAACCGGACGCAGCCAAUGACAGCCAGUCCUUCAAGAACAAACUUUGUUCCUGGACAGCGCGUUUUUUACAUUGGCUGCGCGUUGCAUUUCCUCAAUCAACUGUAGAAUUGGAAAACCGAGGGCACGGUGGUUCACCAUCGGCUGUUAUUCUUGGAGGUGUGGGGCUCUUCAACUACAGUACCGUGGAUUUGAUUUUGGUAGACACAUUGGUGAAUGAUGCCACAGACGAAAACCGAGCCUUCGGGAAGUUGACGAAUGACGCAGACGUGAACAAUUUGAGCAACAUGGAACUUGGGUCGGUGGCUUUCGAAGUCUUAAUUCGAACCUUGAGCGAACUUGCGCCAAAAUCGACGAUCUAUGGAAUUGAGGCAGGCUGUCCACUUUGCCUACAUAGCGCCCUAGCGCACAGGGUGGUUCUUGAUUUUUAUGGAGUUCCCUAUUUGGAUUUUGCGAAACUGGUGGAGAAAGAUGGCAAACUUUGGACUCCAAAGAAGCCUCAUCCAACAUUCAAAACUCAUCAAGCAGUUGCGGAUGUGUUGGCCUUCACUUGGAGCAACGUUUGGGACAGAAUGUAUCAUAUUAAGUCGAGUGAAGUGAACGAGGUGAAUUCGAAAGCCCAGCAAAUGCUUUGCCACCCACAGAGCACAUUUUACCACCCAGCACUGUAUCGAAACAGAUUCACAGUUUGCAAGAAGCCAUGCGCGAUCCUUUCACCAUGGCGGCGGUCCACUGUUGAAGUCAGAAUCAUUAGAGGCAAUUGGAGUUUUUAUGAAGAUCGUCCAGGAAAACCCGGAUGGAUUUCUACAUGUCCGGGUUCUGUCAUGGAAAUCCCGUUGUGCUUUGGGCAGAGUCCCACUUUCAGUUUGACAUACUUGAGGAGUUACGAGAAAAUGGGGAAAGCAAAAGUUACCCUUAACGGUAUUUCUUUAACCAUCAAUGGCCUGUGGGAUGAUGGAAACCGAUUUGCGCAAUCGGAGACUUUGUUUGCCCAAGCUGGAAAUGGCCUACUGCAGACAUGGGGAGCGGGUAUACUAGGCUUCAAUGUGACACCAAACUCUUCAUUGCCACUGAGACGUCUAAAUCUGGAGUCUGGCAACAACAAAAUGAAGAUCAUUGAGAUCAUAUCCUGUUAGGGCGGACAACAUCUAGAUUGGGAGAAGACAUGACCAGGAGGCGCUUGAGUGCGCGGGGUGGCUGAAAUGCGCAGGAGCCGACAGAA